AAAUCUAAUAUUUCUCCCUGGCACUAGACCUAGACACAGGCGCACAGUAAAUCUUCUCUAUAUACCCAAACAACAGUCAUUCGUUUAUCCCAGUUUGUUUUAGCUGUGACUGCAACAUCCACAAAUAUAUAGAAGCAUCUCUCAGUUGAGUUGAACUAGUGCUGUUCAGUAGGCUAGCUGUCAAACAUUUUGCGUGCCGGGUGGUCGAUAUUAGACAAAGAAGAAACACUUCGAAUUGCGUGGAAGCCCAAAGGAGAAAAUAUGCUACCGACUCGUGUGGGAAUCACCGGGCUGACAGCAUGUUGCCUGGUGUUGCUUUCCCACUGUUUUGCUCCUACAGAUGCUGCGUAUACAUGUGGGACAAGUCAGUUCAGGUGUGGCAACGGGAAAUGUAUCACCAGCCGCUGGGUGUGUGACGGAGGUGAUGACUGUGGUGACAGAACUGACGAGCUGCCAGCCGCCUGUGAGGCUAAGACCUGCCUGCCCACUGAGUUCAGCUGCGGAGGCCCACUGAACAAGUGUAUCUCUGGAACGUGGCACUGUGAUGGCAAAGCUGACUGUGACAAUGGAGCUGAUGAGAAGGGCUGUGCCGCAAAGAACUGCACCGACAACGAGUUCCGCUGCUCCAACGGUCAGUGCAUCGCCGUCUCCUUCGUGUGCGACAAGGACAACGACUGUUCCGAUGGUUCUGACGAGACUUCCUGUCCCACCGCCACCUGUGGUCCCAACGCCUUCCAGUGUAACAACACUGUGUGUGUCCCGCGUCUCUGGGCCUGCGACGGUGACGCCGAUUGUGCCGAUGGUUCAGACGAGUGGCCCCAGAACUGUGGCGGGAGGGACACCAAACCGACCACAAAGCCCUGUGGGCCUCAUGAAUUCCACUGUGGGAGUGGGGAGUGUAUCCAUAGGAGUUGGAGCUGUGAUGGAGGCAAGGACUGUCAGGAUAAUUCAGAUGAAACCAACUGCAGUCGGCCCACUUGCCAGCCAGAUGAGUUUCAAUGUAACGAUGGCUCCUGUAUCCAUGGUAGCCGUCAGUGUGACCGCCAGUUUGACUGCAGGGAUCUGAGUGAUGAGAUGGACUGCAAGAGCGUGGACGCGUGUGAGGGCCCGAAUAGCUUCAGGUGUAAGAGUGGGGAGUGCAUCACCGUGGACAAGGUGUGCAACGGGCAGAAAGACUGCCGAGACAUGUCCGACGAACCUAUCAGGGAGUGUGGCAACAACGAGUGUUUGACCAAUAACGGCGGUUGCUCUCACACCUGUACCGACCUGAAGAUUGGCUUCAAUUGCUCCUGUCCUGCUGGGUACAGUCUGGGGAAGGACAACAGGAAAUGUGAAGACAUUGAUGAGUGUGCUGACCCAGACACCUGUACCCAGAUCUGUGUGAACAUCCUGGGAAGUUACAAGUGUGAGUGUGAGGAGGGCUAUGAACUGGACCCCAAGACCAAGACCUGCAAGGCUGCCACAGGUACUGUCCCCUACCUGUUGUUCACCAACCGCCACGAGGUGAGGAAGAUGACUCUGGACCGUAGAGAGUACGUCCCUCUCAUCCCCAGACUGAAGAACGUGGUGGCCCUGGACAUGGACAUGCCUGGACACAAGAUCUUCUGGUCUGACCUGUACCACAGGAAGAUCUACAGCGCCGACAUGAACUUGGCAGGGAACUCCUCCCACCACAACGUGGUGAUUGACAGCCAGAUGGAGGUGCCGGAGUGCCUGGCCGUCGACUGGAUUCACGGUAACAUCUAUUGGACGGACAGUGUGCUCCAGACCAUCUCCGUGGCAACCACAGACGGAACACGGCGAAAGACACUGAUCAGAGAAGGACUGGAGAAACCAAGAAGCAUCGUGGUGGACCCAGCCAAUAACUUCAUGUACUGGACUGACUGGGGCAACGAGGCCAAGAUCGAGAAGAGUGGGCUGAAUGGAGCCGACCGCGUUGCCUUGGUAACGGACAACAUCAUGUGGCCUAACGGCAUCACUCUUGACAUGGUUAACCAGCGUCUGUACUGGGUGGACUCUAAGAUGCACACCCUCUCCAGCAUCGGCGUAAACGGAGAAGGACGACACACACUCAUUUACAACGAGGACAAGCUGGCUCACCCCCUCUCUCUUGCCGUCUUCGAGGAGAAAGUAUUCUGGACCGACAUGGGCGACAGAGUGGUCAUGAGCGCCAACCGCCUGACAGGAAAUGACAUCACUGUACUGGCGGAGGACCUGAUGCAGCCAGAGGACAUCAUUGUAUACCACAACCUCAAGCAGCCCAUCGGAAAGAACUGGUGCACAGAGAAAAACUUUGUGAAUGGAGGUUGUGAGUUCCUAUGUCUACCUGCUCCCCAGAUCAACCAACACUCCCCCAAAUACACCUGUGCCUGUCCUGAUCACAUGACCCUCGGCCUGGACAUGAGGAAGUGUGUGGCAGCUCCAACAACUACCGCUCCCUCCACCACUCCCAAAACUGCAGCUCCCAUCCCUACCAGGGCCCCAACCAAACAGCCAGCUGGUCCCACUUCCAUCACAACUACCACAACUACCUCCUCCGCCCGCCGGGCCCAGCCUCAGGACCCUGAUAGGUCCUCGACCACUCACAGUCCACAGGAAACUGCGGUCACAGGUCAAAGUGGCUAUGUUGCCAUGCCCAAAGUAGCUGAGGCAUCACACCAUACUGUGCUCUACAUUGUCUUACCUAUCAUGAUGAUGUGCCUGGUGCUGUUUGGUGCAGUGUUGCUAUGGAGACACUGGAGGCUGAAGAACACCAACACCAUCCACUUUGACAACCCUGUGUACCAGAAGACCACAGAGGACGAGUUGCACAUCUGUAGAAACCACAGCCAGGACGGAUACACCUACCCACAGAGACAGAUGGUGAGCCUGGAAGAAGACCUGGCAUGACUAGUAGAAGAAGAAGAACAAGUGGAUAUGAAGAAUUGUAUUUAAAGAGAGAUUUUUGUUUGAAAAAGUGACAAACAUAAACCGAUGGAGGUCAUUUUAACCCUAAUGCUACUGACACGUCCUUUCCAAUCCUAUGAUGAUGACCUCAUCUCGAUGACCUAAGUUCCUGGCUUCCUGUUCCGAAGAUUCCGUUCCAACCACAACACUGUGCUGCCAUCCAAAACGAAGAAGAAGGAAAAAAGAAACUCAGAAAGAAUAACUUGGAUGCCGUGGAAACCCACCCCAAAAACAAGGAAUGGAAGAAGAAGAAACAUAUACAAACGGAAUGAAACAAAAAAUGACUUGGUAGCGUUGUGGUCUCGAACACAACCCUGAAGAGAAGAAAACAUCUGGAGGCCAUUUUGUCAAACAUGGGAAGGACUUGAAAAUGAAAGACACAGUAAAUGCACAGUUGGACUGUAGUCGUCCGUUCUUUCAUAAUGUAAGAGUUCUUACCUAGGUGGCCUGGUCCCAAAUGUAUGUAUUUUAGGCUAACUCCUCGUCAGAGAGAUGAAUAAAUGUCUAAGCACAUAAUGCACAGAUUUGGUACCAGGCUAGGUCCUGGACCUUGGCUCUUUGACACAAGGAAGUUCAAAAUGACAACCAUCUAACACAGCUUCAACUUUGUUUGUUUUUGUUACAUAUCACUUAGCAGCUCUUUUGUAAAUGAGUGUAUAUUUGGCUACUUACUGUAAAAUAGGCAAACUUUUGUUCCAAUGUUGCAUAAGAUUGUGCAUAGCACUGUACAGAAGACGUCCUACACUUCCAACCCAUUUGAUUCUUGAGUUCAGUUGGAUCCCACUUCCUUUGUCAGCCUGGCGAAAGCACUAGAAAACACAAUUAGCACGACAUGAAGGAUGUGUUGAAGAUUGUGGGUUUAAAACAGGCUGCAGUCAAAAAGCUGUCUUGUCAUAUCUUUUGAAGGUCGAAAACGGUACCUAGUUUGUAUAUUUAUGGUGAACUUAACAAUGGACAUUGAGACCUCUGGAUGGCCUUACCAUCUGACAUUGACACAUGCACGUGCCUAGUCACUUAGCACCAAACAUCACCACAUCUUAAAGUGGAGACUUUCCCAGGGGGGACAUUGAACUAUGGUGUGACACUACUCUGAGCUGAAACGUGUGAGUUGUCGGCCCUACUCUGAGCUGAAACGUGUGAGUUGUCGGCCCUACUCUGAGCUGAAACGUGUGAGUUGUCGGCCCUACUCUGAGCUGAAACGUGCGAGUUGUCGGCCCUACUCUGAGGUGAAACGUGCGAGUUGUCGGCACUAAUCAGAGCUGAAACUUUUGAGUUGUCAUUGGUCUCUUUACAUAUUGGUGCCUUUGCCAUCAUCAAUGCAAGCAUUUCUAUACUCACUCCAGCAAUGUGUGUAAUGUCUAGUGACGUACAUGUUCUUACGGUAUGUGGUAUACAGUGUCUAGAAGAGCCCAAAUGCCUUAUGACCUCCUUUCACUAUAGGUCAACUUUAGCUGACAUGAUAGUUCUCUUGCCUUGGCACGUGCAGCAGACAUUGUCUCUUGGUAAAUAUGAUCUUAUAACCCCUGUCAACUGUUGCCUUAGACAAGUUAGUGAGUUGAGUUGUUGCCUUAUUGCCUUCUAUCUGGUUAUGGCUUUACAUGCCUUGUGCAUUUUCGAUAUAUUCCAAUUUGUGCAUCAACAAGUUACAUCCAAAUCAAUAAAUCGAUGAGCAUUGUUUUUGAAGAUGGUUGAAGGCCAGCAGCUGAAAGCUAGUUGAAGGCCAGCAGCUGAAAGCUAGUUGAAGGCCAGCAGCUGAAAGCUAGUUGAAGGCCAGCAGCUGAAGGCUAGUUGAAGGCCAGCAGCUGAAGGCUAGUUGAAGGCCAGCAGCUGAAGGCUAGUUGAAGGCCAGCAGCUGAAGGCUAGUUGAAGGCCAGCAGCUGAAGGCUAGUUGAAGGACCAGCAGCUGAAGGCUAGUUGAAGGGCCAGCAGCUGAAGGCUAGUUGAAGGGCCAGCAGCUGAAGGCUAGUUGAAGGACCAGCAGCUGAAGGCUAGUUGAAGGCCAGCAGCUGAAGGCUAGUUGAAGGACCAGCAGCUGAAGGCUAGUUGAAGGACCAGCAGCUGAAGGCUAGUUGAAGGACCAGCAGCUGAAGGCUAGUUGAAAGACCAGCAGCUGAAGGCUAGUUGAAAGACCAGCAGCUGAAGGCUAGUUGAAGGCCAGCAGCUGAAGGAUAGUUGAAGGCCGGGCAGCCUGCCAUAGCCCCACAGUUGAAGGCCAGCAGCUGAAGGAUAGCUGAAGGACCAGCAGCUGAAGGAUAGUUGAAGGACCAGCAGCUGAAGGAUAGUUGAAGGACCAGCAGCUGAAGGAUAGUUGAAGGAUAGUUGAAGGACCAGCAGCUGAAGGAUAGUUGAAGGACCAGCAGCUGAAGGAUAGUUGAAGGACCAGCAGCUGAAUGAUAGUUGGAGGCCAGCAGCUGAAUGCUAGUUGGAGGCCAGCAGCUGAAUGCUAGUUGGAGGCCAGCAGCUGAAUGCUAGUUGGAGGCCAGCAGCUGAAUGCUAGUUGGAGGCCAGCAGCUGAAUGCUAGUUGAAGGCCAGUAGUUGAAGGCCAACUAAAAGCCACUGGUUUAUGUUUGUAUGCUGCUCACUGUUCUAAAGAGUUAAGCCAUGAAGAAAACACCUUCCGUUUGAUUUUUUUAUUGAGGUGGAAAGCUGACAAAAUAAAUUAUGGUGAAUGAUGUUGAAUGACAUCCUGGUAUGAUAUGACGAUACUAAUUAUUAUUUUUGAGAAUAUGUAUAUAGUUUGUAUGUUUCUGUAAAUAUUACAUCCUCAGUUCACUGUGGUAUCACCCUGUUAAUUUUGUACAUUUUAAACGUGAAAAAUAUGUUGUACAUAUUACAGAUUUGUUUUAUUUAUUUAUAUAUAUAUACACAUGUAUAAAUAUCUUGAUUGGAUGUUUUAUUUUCCUAAGCUCUCGUGUCUACUGUGAAUGGUUACACAGUUGUUAAUAUUGUCCCAUCAUCAUAACCAACCAACCAAUGUCAUUAUCUUGAUUCAUUAUCCAUUGAAUCAUUAUCUUGGUUGUGUGAAUGACACUGCUGGUUCUGAACAACAGUGUAAAGUUCAGAUCCAUAUAUAGACAUAUAUCUAUGGUUCUGGUGAAGUUGAUGUUUGUUCUGUUAUAUAGUUAUGUUUUCAUUCACAGCUGAUUGAGGAUCUUAAAUUUUAUAGACUAAAUUGCCCCUGUUGUGCAGUGUUUUAUGACAUCAGUUGUGGUGUGUAAAGCACAAUGUUGUGUAUCACCCUAAGAUGUACGAGUCCACAGGACAGAGCACCAACCGCAGAUUGCCCGUUACAUGCAAAUUGCUCUUCUUGUUGAGUCUUAAUUUUCCUGUUCAGAGAAUCCAAUCUCAAAGAGUGACCAUUGUAUAGUUUGUGUUGUGAUUAUUUUGUUUAAUAAAAGAUAAAUAAUGAUCAAG